AUGGGUAUUAUGAAAGCAAGAAAGGCACCAAUAUUGUCAAGUUCAAAAGCCAUAGCUGAAGCAGCCUCAUGGUGGUGUGCAUGUCUUCUUGUGUCCCUCAUAAUAUUGCUAUGCAUUAGGGACACGUAUGCCCUUCAAGAUCAGGGCAACUACUUGAUCAGAGGCAACCAGGAGGUGGUGUCCAAGCCCUGUGAUGAAAUAUAUGUGGUUGGAGAAGGAGAGACACUUCACACAAUCAGUGACAAGUGUGGUGACCCCUUUAUAGUGGAGAAGAACCCUCAUAUCCAUGACCCAGAUGAUGUCUUCCCUGGCCUUGUUAUCAAGAUUACACCUUCACAACAUAUAUAG